AUCCUCCAACGUCAGUAGGUCCGGACAGGACAAGUGGAAGGGACUUGUAUCUGGACUACAGUCGUUAAGUGUGGAUGUGAUCGUGCUACAGGACGGUUAGUUCCACUCCGAGCAGCAGGCGCAAGUGGAUGGCGACACAACUCAAGGCAAACUCCGCUCUCUCCACACGGCUUGAACACCGGCGAAUCGAUACACAUUUAAAGAUACGAGCGAAAACAAAAAAGAUACUUUGUUUUGCGGGCAAAGCGUAAAUAAUGCUUCUCACUGCUUUAUAGCGUCAGCAUGGGGGGGAAAAGUGCAGCGUCUUGUCCAGUCUCUCUGCACGCAAACACGGAGAAAAGUUAACCCUGAACGCAACUUACUUCGACACUCCAUGAGUGUUGUAAACUUUUGAAUUGUUGCGGGGUUUUUUUUGGGGGGGGGGGGGAGAAAAGCAACACGGUGAAUUACCUGUUGAGACUCUAGCACAUAUUUUCAGGAUAUCAGCGGAGCAGAAGAGGCAAUGGAGAAGAAGAACAAGGCGACCGAUCGGACCCUAACCCCGGACGGUAGAGCUCCAGACAGGGUGAACAGCGUGGAUCCGUUUGGCUUUCAGCGCUCAAAGCACUUUGACUACGAGGCCUACGAGGAGCUCAUGUCUGAGUAUCUGGUUGUGCUCACCCGGCGAUCCAUCAAGUGGUCCAAGCUACUGAAGGGCAAAAGCAAGGUGCAGAGGAAUGUCAAACUAAAGCGCUAUGUGCGUAAGGGCAUUCCCAAUGAGCACCGGGCUCUGAUCUGGAUGGCAACCAGCGGGGCUCAAGACCAGCUAGAGAAGAACCCGGGACACUACCAGUCCCUGCUCGGAGCCCAGCACGACCCCAAACUGGUAGAGACCAUCUGUACAGACUUGAACAGAACAUUUCCAGACAACGUCCAGUUCCAAAAGACAGCCAACCCAUGUCUGCAGAAAGCUCUGUACAAUGUGCUGCUGGCUUAUGGCCACCACAACCCAGCUGUGGGCUACUGUCAGGGGAUGAACUUCAUAGCUGGGUAUCUACUGAUCAUCACAAAAGACGAAGAGAAGUCCUUCUGGCUGAUGGACGCACUACUCGGUAGAAUUCUACCAGACUACUACUCUCCAGCCAUGCUGGGGCUGAAGAUGGACCAGGAGGUGUUGGGGGAACUGGUGAAAGUUAAAAUCCCCGGAGUCUGGCAGACCAUGACGGAUCAAAAUGUGAUGUGGACCUUGGUGGUCUCCCGAUGGUUCAUCUGUCUCUUCAUAGACGUCUUGCCGGUAGAGACAGUGCUGCGCAUUUGGGAUUGCCUGUUCUACGAGGGCUCUAAAAUCCUGUUCCGUGUCGCUCUGACACUGAUGCACCACAACCAGGCUCUGAUUCAAGAGGCCCAGUCACUGCCGGACAUCUGCCAAAACUUCAAGCAGAUCACCCACGGACCAUUUGUUGACCAAUGCCACACUUUCAUGCAGAACAUCUUCAUUGAACCAGGAAGUCUCUCCAUGGCAACCUUGACUAAGCUGCGGGUGACCUGUCGAUCUCGCUUCGGAGCAGAAGAAGAGUCCUGAACCAAACUCGACUGCCUGUUGCCCAAACUCAAUACACAUUCCACUGGGAUGAGCACCCCACAGCUCGUUUGCACCUUUUUUUUUUUACCGACUAAAUGUCACAGUGACUACUACAUACUGUUGAGUUUAUUGUCUUAAACAUAUGUUCAGACCAUCCUACAGCCCAAGUGUAAAUACAUGCUGAAAUGAGAUUAUUCUUAGCAAUGUGCUGUACGAGCUGACUAUUCCAUUUGAAAUGAACAUGUAGUUUCUUCCUCUUUUGUUACAUCUUGCACUUUACUCCAGAAAGUCGGAGACACUGUAGAGAAAAAGCUUGUCGUGUUUCACACUGUAAGCACAGCCAAGAGGCCCACUGUAUUUCCCACUGAAUGGUAAAUGAAGACAGAACUGCAUGCUGGUACUACUUGCUGUGGUAAUCAAAUGUGAAUUAUAGUGAUUUCAUGAACGUAUUUGUUCAAACAUUUUAAAAUCUGAUUCAUGUACUUGUUGGUUGUGUUUAGUCUUUAGUUCCAAUCCUCGAUCAUUAACUGCACCUAGUGCACUGUGAUGAAAUGAAUGAAGUGUAGUUCAAAGCGCUGCUCUCUUUUUCUGACAGAGGUGUGUCUGUGUUUGGGUAUCGUGGUACUGAUAUCACAUUUUGUUGCACUGGUCAAAAAUAACUGGUGUUGAUCCCGGCUGUGAGUAUUCUGCAUAAUGUACUCCUGGUUAUACAGCUCAGAGUAGUCAGCCAUGUUUAUGUCACACAAGUUCAAGCCUAAAGGUACUGUAGCAUGAAAUCUCCCCCCCCCCCAAAAAAAAAAAAAAACUGCUGCAGUUUUAGGAUUUUUAUUAACUUUCAGUAAGAUGCAUAAUAGAAAACGAGAUCAAACCAUUUUCUAUACAAAUAAAAGAUCAAAUCACUACAAUUAAUAUUAACAUUUCUUUAAGGGGAAAGUCGGGGAAAAAAGCAAGAAUGGAAAAAAUAAUCCAUGCACCCGUUCACUUGUAAUGUUUAAUACAUUUUAGUAAUGCAGUCGCACUCCGUGUACAGCUGGACAACUACAUGCAGUUACAGCAGCUCGCCACCUUCAUCAUCACAAUUACCAGACUGUUUAUCUGACUUGGGACUGUCUCCACUGCGGAGGAAGAGGACAGGAAAAGACACUCAGCGCUUUCCCUUUUCUUAGAGAACAAUUAUCUUUAGCUGGUUUCAAAAAUAAAUGCUAGUGAGCAUGUGUCAUAAGAAUAAAACUCCACCUAACUUGACAUUUUUUUUUUACUUGCGCACACAAACUAUAGGAACUACAGUUUAGGAACUUUGUCCUACAGUUCAUUUGACUCCUCCUGCCUCUUUAAUUGCAUAUUGACAGAUUUUUUUUUCAAAAAUAAAUAAUGACAGAUAAAAACAGCAGUUCAAGCAAAUUCAACCAACUCCGAGAACUUAAUGGAACAAGAGUCAGCAGCUGGCGGUGAACUCGCUACAGAAAAUUCCAACUGCCUCCAUCGUUGAUUGUGUAAAGACUCUGUCCUCUCGGGCUUCAUCGGGAUGCAAACCAUCUUAAGCUAGCAGGUCUUUGGCUUCUCAUCAUCAUCAUCUCACAGAGAAAGGAAAAUAAAAAAUAUCCAGAGGUCACAUAGGAUAUGCAAAAAAACAUGCACUCGCCACACAUUACCAACUGCUUCCAUUCACUCAUGCUCGUCUCCACACUCUGGCUCGUCUCUCCCCGGUUCAGAUGGUCUGGUACCCAGCAUGGCUCCUCUUCCUGCCUAUUAGAUACGCGACGAGGACGAUCAGCACCAGGCCGGCAAGAGCUGCUCCCACAAUGAUGGGGAUGAGCAUCUGGUCUUGGUCCAUCUGACACUCCUCCGCUGGAGACGGAAACAAAAAGAUACAAGUUAACAUUGUAUUACAGGAUUUUGCAUCUUUGUAAUUCCCAUUAUCAGACUAAAGCAGCUUUCCCCAUGCCGCAGAGUGCUACCGACUCCAUCACUGUCAACAUGUAGGUCAGAGGACACAU